AUUUUUUUUUUCAUUUACAGGUCACACAAACGUUCAUGUCAUUGACAUCAGCAACCCGAAGAAUCCAAAUGUGUUAUGUAACAAGUCAUACGAUAAUGUAGACGUCACGGAUGUUGAAGUGUGCGGAGGUCACGUGUUUGUUGCUUUUGACAACUUAACGUCUAGGGAAGACGGCUUUGUUGAUGUUUUCAAAGGAUUCAACAAGUCGUCAGGCACAUUAGAUUUAAUCAGUCAUAUCAUUGUCGGUGACCUGCCUGAUAUGAUACAUCCUGUUCAAGACUGCAGUAAAAUUAUUGUUGCAAUUGAAGCGGAGCCGUAUAUUGACACCGUCAAUGAGAAACUAGCGGAUAAGCCCGGCGGAAUUGGUAUCAUUACAUUUGCCGACACACCAUACGGAACAUAUAGUUACAAAUUUGUAGACUUCGAAAAAUUUAAUACAAGAUACACCGAAUUAGAGAAGACAGGUGUCCGUUGGAUCUAUAAGGGAGACAACAACACAUUUUCUAAUGAUAUUGAACCAGAAUACAUCUCAUUUAACGUCGAUGAAUCUAAAGCGUAUAUCGCAUUGCAGGUGA